CAAGCUAUUUUCAAGAAGAUAUGGCACAAUACAACGACCUACGAACAUUUGGACCUUCAAACAGCCGAAAUGCCUUGCUCGCAGACGACGUCAUGUUUAACCAGAGGACGAGAGGACCCUAUGCCCGAGGAAACGUCCCGCAAAGCUUGUUCGAAGACGAUGAAACGCAAGACCCCAAUGAGGGUACCAAUGACAUCUUGUUAAGAGAGCUCCGGGAACUGAAAGACCUUGUGAAGGAUGUGCAAAAGCGUCAGGGCUCUAUAGAGAAGACCAUGAAACACUUGGCUUCCAAACUUGGUGCUGAGCAAUUUGACCUGGCCAAGUCAAGUCAUGCAGCAAAUGUCACGAAAAUAUUAGCAAAAGCCUAUAUACAACUUGGGCGGUUUUCAAAGAUAAAUGAAAGCAAGACUGAGCAAUUGCACAUGGAGUUCCAGGACUCACCAUAUGGUCUUACAGUUGCUGAAGCGAUGACCAAAGUGGAUGUCUUCGAAAAGGCAAAAUUCACCUAUUGGAGAGCAGAAGAGAGAAGAAGGGUUCUUGGAAUAGGUAACUGGUCUGCCCUUGCAAAGGCCACAACCAAGGAGUUGGCUUCGAAAAUAUGUGGCCUUCUAGGAGUGAGGUUCAACUCUUUACUGGAGAAGUCUGUGCUUCGAGAAACUGCUCUGGUGAGAAUCUAUGUUGCUGAGUAUGGGAGAGAUGACUGUAAGAAAGAUGAGAAAUUUUGGAUUAACUUCCAAACAUGGAAAGAUACAACAUAUGGAAGCCGAGGCCCAACUGCAUCUCAAUGGGGUGAAAUUUUAAAUGAGGAAUGA